AUGGGCGAGGCAGGCGGCGCUGAGGAGGCCCGCCGGCACGUGGGGACUAAAGAGGAAUUCGUUAAAGUGAGAAAGAAGGACCUGGAACGGCUGACAACUGAAGUAAUGCAGAUCCGGGACUUCUUACCCCGAAUACUAAAUGGGGAAGUGCUGGAAAGCUUCCAGAAAUUAAAGAUUGUAGAAAAAAACCUGGAAAGGAAAGAGCAAGAAUUAGAGCAACUGAGAAUGGAUUGUGAGCACUUCAAAGCCCGCCUGGAGACCGUGCAGGCUGACAGCAGGAGAGAGAAGAAGGAGAAACUCGCUCUUCGACAGCAGCUGAAUGAAGCAAAGCAGCAACUCCUGCAGCAGGCAGAAUACUGUACGGAAAUGGGAGCAGCGGCCUGCACCCUUUUGUGGGGCGUCUCCAGCAGUGAGGACGUCGUCAAAGCCAUUCUGGGAGGAGAUAAAGCUUUGAAGUUUUUCAACAUCACUGGUCAAACAAUGGAGAGUUUUGUGAAGUCACUGGAUGGGGAUGUCAAGGAGCUUGAUUCCAAUGAAAAUCAGUUUGUGUUUGCUUUGGCUGGGAUCGUAACAAAUGUUGCUGCCAUAGCGUGUGGUCGCGAGUUCUUGGUUAACUCAAGUCGGGUGCUGCUGGACACCAUAUUGCAGCUUCUGGGGGACCUGAAGCCAGGACAGUGUACCAAACUCAAAGUGUUACUGCUGAUGUCCCUGUACAACGUGAGCAUCAACCUGAAAGGCUUGAAGUACAUCAGCGAGAGCCCGGGAUUCAUCCCGCUGCUGUGGUGGCUUUUGAGUGACCCAGACGCAGAGGUGUGUCUUCAUGCACUGCGACUUGUCCAGUCUGUGGUCCUGGAGCCAGAAGUCUUCUCCAAGUCGGCCUCCGAGUUCCAGAACUCCCUGCCCCUGAAGCGCAUCCUGGCCAUGGCCAAGAGCCGCAACCCUCACCUGCAGACCGUGGCCCAGGAACUCCUGGAGGACCUCCGCGCCCUGGAGCGUGAUGCGUAG